UGAAGGGCAGAGAGAACAGCAGAAGUCAGAAAAGACCAAGGGGUGUUACUAGUAUUUUUUUUCUCGAGUUCAGCGAACAAAAAUUCCCUCCAGGGAGACUCGUCCGGUAGGGAAGGUGGUACGUUGAGAUUUCUGCGCUGUGGGACAGUUAGGUUCAUUAUACAGCCAGUGCCCCACGCGAACUCCAAAGGGAUAAAAGAGAGGCAAUUGUUUCAAGACAACCAGAAAAAAUUGAAAGAACAUUGAAAAGAGGAGCACACAUCUUGUACAAUUCCCCAAGACUCCACCCAAAAAUCGAGACAGCGAAUUAGUGCAGGAGACCCGAGUCGAUAAAAAUGAGUCAACACCCACGCCUCCACCAGUCGAGCGCCGCCGCUCCCCUAUCCAACGCUUCUCUCGCCCCGGACAAGGACGCAGACAUGCCCGCUACAGAGAAAGAUCUCGCCGAGGACGCGCCGUGGAAGAAGAUCCAACAAAAUACAUUCACACGUUGGUGCAACGAGCAUCUGAAAUGUGUCAAUAAGCGCAUAGCGAACCUGCAGACGGACCUGAGCGAUGGGCUCCGGUUGAUCGGUCUUCUGGAGGUGCUCAGUCAGAAGAAGAUGUUCCAGAAGUACAACCAGCGCCCCACGUUCAGACAGAUGCAACUGGAGAACGUCUCCGUGGCUCUGGAGUUCCUAGACAGGGAAAAUAUCAAACUGGUGUCCAUAGACAGUAAGGCCAUAGUGGAUGGGAACCUGAAGUUGAUCCUGGGUCUGAUAUGGACUCUUAUCUUGCAUUAUUCCAUCUCCAUGCCCAUGUGGGAUGAGGAGGAGGAGACUGAGGAAAGCAAGCAGAAGACGCCCAAGCAGAGGCUGCUUGGAUGGAUCCAGAACAAGCUACCUGAGCUUCCCAUCACCAACUUCAGCCGUGACUGGCAGUCAGGGAAAGCCCUUGGCGCGCUGGUGGACAGUUGUGCUCCAGGUCUGUGUCCAGACUGGAAUUCCUGGGACCAGACCAAGCCUGUGGACAAUGCCAGAGAAGCAAUGCAGCAGGCUGAUGACUGGCUUGGUGUUCCUCAGGUGAUCACUCCAGAAGAAAUUGUUGAUCCCAAUGUGGAUGAGCACUCUGUUAUGACAUACCUGUCCCAAUUCCCCAAAGCCAAACUCAAGCCUGGUGCCCCACUGCGCCCCAAACUCAACCCCAAAAAGGCCCGUGCCUAUGGACCAGGAAUUGAGCCCACAGGUAAUGUUGUGAUGAAAAAGGCUGUGUUCACUGUUGAGACCAUCAGCGCUGGACAGGGUGAGGUACUAGUUUAUGUGGAAGAUCCAGCCGGCCACCGUGAGGAGGCGAAAGUCACACCCAACAAUGACAAGAACCGCACCUACUCUGUAUUAUAUGUACCAAAAGUCACUGGCCAACACAAGGUGACCGUGCUAUUUGCAGGGCAACACAUCUCAAAAAGCCCAUUUGAGGUGGAUGUGGGAAUGGCUCAGGGAGACUCCAGCAAGGUCACAGCCCAGGGCCCAGGACUUGAGCCUGCAGGCAACAUUGCCAACAAGACCACAUACUUUGAUGUCUACACAGCUGGUGCAGGAGUAGGAGAGGUUGAGGUGGUCAUUGUGGACCCUAGUGGAAAAAAGGAUACUGUCGAAUCCCAGGUUGAUGAUAAGGGUAACAGCAGCUUCCGAUGCACUUACAAGCCCACCCAUGAGGGACAACACACAAUCUAUAUCACCUUUGCUGGGGGACAGAUCUCCAAGAGCCCUUACACAGUCCAUGUGGGAGAAGCCUGUAAUCCAAGCCUGUGUAAAGCCAAGGGCCGUGGUCUACAGCCUAAAGGCUUGAGGAUCAAGGAGACUGCAGAUUUUAAAGUUUACACCAAAGGAGCUGGCACUGGAGACCUGAAGGUCACCAUCAAAGGGCCCAAGGGUCUUGAGGAGCCCUGUAAGAAGAAGGACCUGGGAGAUGGCAUGUACAGCUUUGAGUAUUACCCCACCACACCCGGGAAUUACAUCAUCACAAUCACAUGGGGUGGACAGCACAUCCCAUGCAGUCCAUUUGAGGUGAAGAUUGGUACUGAAGCAGGACCACAGCAGGUGAGGGCAUGGGGUCCAGGACUAGAGAGUGGUGUUGUGGGCAAGUCUGCUGACUUUGUUGUGGAGGCCGUUGGGGAUGACGUGGGGACGUUGGGUUUCUCAGUAGAGGGUCCGUCUCCAGCUAAAAUCGAAUGUGAUGAUAAGGGAGAUGGCUCUUGUGACGUGCAUUACUGGCCAACAGAACCGGGUGAAUAUGCAGUUCAUGUGCUCUGUAGGAAUGAGGACAUCCAGUUCAGCCCGUUCAUGGCUGAGAUCAUGUCAGCUCCAGGAAAAGACUUCUAUCCUGACAAGGUGAAGGCUUAUGGUCCAGGUCUACAGAGCAAUGGCCUUUCAGUAGGUAAACCUGCGGAGUUCACUGUGGAUGCCAAACUGGGUGGCAAAGCACCUCUAAAGAUCCAGGCUCGGGACCGUGAUGGGAACCCAGUGGACGUGCAGGUGAAGGAUAAUGGUAAUGGAUCAUACAGCUGUAGCUACACCCCUCGCAAACCUGUCAAACACACUGUCAUGGUGUCCUGGGGUGGAGUCAACAUCCCAGAGAGUCCAUUCAGGAUGAACAUUGGUGCAGGAUGCCAUCCAAACAAGGUGAAGGUAUCAGGACCUGGGGUGGCCAAGACAGGCCUGAAGGCAUUUGAGCCAACCUACUUUAAUGUGGACUGUUCUGAGGCUGGACAGGGAGACAUCAGCAUAGGGAUUAAAUGUGCACCAGGUGUUGUGGCACCUGCUGAAGCUGACAUCGAUUUUGACAUCAUUAGAAAUGACAAUGACACUUUCACUGUUAAAUACACUCCCCCUGGAGCGGGAAGCUACACAAUAAUGGUGCUGUUUGCUGAUCAGGCCAUUCCCAUGACACCCAUCAGAAUCAAGGUUGAUCCCUCUCAUGAUGCCAGCAAGGUUAAAGCAGAGGGGCCUGGACUCAGUCGCACAGGUGUUGAGCUGAACAAACCCACUCACUUCACUGUGAACACAAAGGCUGCAGGAAAAGCUAAGCUUGAUGCUCAGUUCACUGGACCCAACAAGGCAGAGGUGGUUCGUGACUUUGGCAUCAUCAACAAUCAUGAUGGCACCCACACAGUGAAAUACACACCUGUCCAACAGGGUAAUAUGGGUGUCGGUGUCACCUAUGGUGGUGAUCCCAUUCCCAAGAGCCCAUUUGCUGUGUCUGUUGCUCCCUCCCUGGAUCUCAGUAAAGUUAAAUUGGCAGGACUUGGAGACACGAUGACAGUUGGCAAGGAUCAGGAGAUCACGGUCAAGUCCAAAGGAGCGGGUGGUCAGGGCAAGGUUGGCGCAAAGGUCAUUGGUCCAGCUGGUAAAUCAGUACCCUGUAAAGUUGAACAAGGCCUGAGCCCAGAAACCAGCCAGGUCCGUUUCAUCCCCAGAGAUAAGGGACCCUAUGAGGUAGAACUGACCUAUGAUGGAGCCCCCAUCCCUGGCAGUCCGUUCCCUGUGAAAGCAGUUGCACUCACUGACCCAUCUAAGGUGCGAUGUUCCGGGCCAGGUCUGGAGCGAGCUAAGGUUGGCGAGACUGGACAGUUUGUGGUCGAUUGCACGAAUGCUGGUCCUGCAGAACUUACUAUUGAGAUAAUCUCAGACAAUGGAACGGAGGCUGAAGUUCAUAUUCAAGACAAUGGGGAUGGAACCUACACAAUCACUUAUAUCCCUCUGUACCCUGGAGCCUAUACUCUGACUAUCCGCUAUGGUGAUCAGGAUGUGCCAAACUUCCCAGCCAUGCUCAGUGUGGAACCAGCUGUAGAAACCAGUGGUGUGAAAGUGUUUGGACCUGGAGUGGAGGGCAAAGGAGUUUUCCGGGAGGCCACAACAGAUUUCACUGUGGAUGCACGCGCUCUCACCAAAACGGGGGGCAAUCACAUCAAGACCUGUAUCAACAACCCAUCUGGCAACCGCACUGAAGCUCUCAUCAGAGACCUUGGAGAUGGCACCUACCAAGUGGAGUACACUCCUUAUGAGGAGGGCAUGCACAGUGUUGAGGUUGCCUACGAUGACAGCCCAGUUCCCAAGAGCCCAUUCCGUGUUGCAGUGACUGAGGGUUGUGAUCCAGCACGUGUGCGUGUGCAUGGUCCAGGACUUCAUUCUGGCAUCACCAACAAACCCAACAAAUUUACAGUGGAGACACGUGGGGCUGGUACAGGUGGACUGGGGCUGGCUAUGGAGGGACCUUCUGAGGCCAAAAUGUCCUGCACUGAUAACAAAGAUGGCAGCUGUUGUGUUGAAUACAUCCCAUAUGAGUCUGGCACAUACAACCUCAAUGUCACCUAUGGAGGUCAACCAAUCACUGGAAGCCCUUUCUCUGUACCUGUCCACGAUACAGUUGACGCAACUAAAGUGAAAUGUCAGGGUCAAGGACUCGGAAACAACGUGCGUGCCAAUAUCCCGCAGGUCUUUUCAGUGGACGCGAGCAAAGCUGGAGUGGCUCCCUUGUUGGUCAGAGUGCAGGGACCCAAAGGUAUUAUGGAGCCUGUUGAGGUGGUGGAUAAUGGUGACCAGAUUCACGCAGUCAGCUAUGUACCCUCCAGAGAGGGGCCAUAUUCUAUUAAUGUCCUCUAUGGAGAUGAUGAGAUCCCACACAGCCCUUAUAAGGUAAAGGUUCUGCCUACUCAUGAUGCUAGUAAGGUCCGUGCCAGUGGUCCUGGUCUGAAUACCACUGGUGUGCCUGCCAGUCUGCCUGUGGAGUUUACUAUUGAUGCCAAAGAUGCAGGAGAGGGACUCUUGGCUGUCCAGAUCACUGACCCUGAAGGAAAGCCAAAGAAAGCCAACAUUCGUGAUAAUCAGGAUGGGACGUACCUUGUGUCCUAUGUACCGGACAUGACUGGCCGCUACACCAUUCUCAUAAAGUAUGGCGGUGAUGAAAUCCCAUACUCGCCAUAUCGUAUCAGAGCUCUGCCCACAGGGGAUGCCAGUAAAUGCACAGUCACAGUCUCAAUUGGAGGUCACGGUUUGGGGGCUGGAGUUGGUCCAACCAUCCAGAUUGGAGAGCAGACAGUCAUCACUGUCGAUGCGAAGGCCGCUGGAAAGGGCAAGGUGACAUGCACUGUGUGCACUCCAGAUGGAGGCGAGGUGGAUGUGGAUGUUGUUGAGAAUGAGGAUGGAACGUUUGACAUCUUCUACACCGCACCCCAGCCUGGGAAAUACGUCAUCUGUGUGCGCUUCGGCGGAGAACACAUUCCCAAUAGCCCCUUCCAAGUAACGGCUAUGGAAGGUGCCUCCCCUGACCAACUUAUGCAGCAGACCCAGAGCCUGCAGUACGCCUACGCGCCCAACAUGGGCCAGCCAUGGGCCACAGACAGACCAAUGGGCAUGAAUGGACUGGACGUAGCUGGGCUGAGACCCUUUGACUUGGUUAUUCCUUUCACCAUUCAAAAGGGAGAAAUUACAGGUGACGUAAGAAUGCCUUCAGGAAAAGUGACCAAGCCAGAUAUUACAGACAACAAGGAUGGCACAGUCACUGUGAAAUUUGCCCCAACUGAGGCUGGCCUACAUGAGAUGGACAUCAAAUAUGAUGGAAUACACAUCCCAGGAAGUCCAUUGCAGUUCUAUGUGGAUUACGUCAACAGUGGCCAUGUGACUGCCUAUGGUCCUGGGCUAAUUCAUGGUAUGGUCAAUAAGCCUGCAAUCUUCACUGUCAACACAAAGGAUGCUGGAGAGGGUGGUCUGUCUCUGGCCAUUGAGGGGCCUUCAAAAGCAGACAUCAGCUGCACUGACAAUCAGGACGGUACCUGCACAGUGUCUUACCUCCCUGUUCUUCUUGGAGACUACAACAUCAUCGUCAAGUACAAUGACAAGCACAUUCCUGGCAGCCCUUUUAUGGCAAAGAUCACAGGUGACGACUCGAUGCGCAUGUCUCAUCUGAAGGUGGGCUCAGCUGCUGAUAUCCCUCUAGACAUUGGAGAGCUGGACCUCAGCCAGCUAACUGCAUCUCUCACCACCCCCUCUGGCCGAGAGGAGCCGUGCCUACUCAAGAUGCUCAGGAAUGGGCAUGUGGGUAUCUCCUUUGUGCCUAAAGAAAUUGGCGAGCAUCUGGUAAACAUUAAGAAAAAUGGACGUCAUAUUCCUAAUAGCCCAAUCUCUGUCAUGAUCAACCAAUCGGAGAUUGCUGAUGCCAGCCGUGUACGUGUAACUGGCCAAGGCCUAAGUGAUGCUCGCACCUUUGAGCCAGCAGAAUUCAUCAUCGACACUAGAGAUGCAGGAUAUGGAGGCCUCAGUUUGUCCAUUGAGGGUCCCAGUAAGGUGGAUAUUAACACUGAAGAUCAGGAAGAUGGCACCUGCAAAGUCACAUACUGCCCCACAGAACCAGGAAAUUACAUCAUUAACAUCAAAUUUGCUGACCAGCAUGUUCCAGGAAGUGCUUUUACAGUUAAAGUGACUGGAGAGGGAAGGAUGAAGGAGAGCAUCACACGUAGAAGAAAAGCUGCUUCUGUGGCCAAUGUUGGUAGCCAGUGCGACCUAAGUCUGAAGAUCCCUGAGAUCAGCAUUGCAGACAUGACUGCUCAGGUCACAAGUCCAUCUGGUAAGGUGCACAAGGCAGAGAUCAUGGAGGGAGAAAAAAACACGUACUGCAUUCGCUUUGUACCCACAGAGAUGGGUGUGCAUACAGUCAGUGUGAAGUACCAGGGCCAGCAUGUCCCAGGAUCCCCAUUCCAGUUCACUGUGGGCCCUCUUGGAGAAGGAGGUGCCCACAAGGUCCGAGCUGGAGGCCCUGGUCUAGAGAGAGCAGAGGCAGGAGUGCCAGCCGAGUUUAGCAUUUGGACCCGUGAAGCAGGAGCCGGUGGUCUGUCUAUCGCAGUGGAGGGACCCAGCAAGGCAGAGAUUGCUUUUGAAGAUCGCAAGGAUGGAUCAAGCGGUGUCUCCUACAUUGUGCAGGAGCCUGGUGAUUAUGAAGUGUCCAUUAGGUUCAAUGAUGAGCACAUCCCUGACAGUCCAUUUGUGGUGCCCGUGGCCUCACCGACUGAUGAUGCCCGUCGUCUCACUGUUGCCAGUCUUCAGGAGUCCGGAUUAAAGGUGAACCAGCCAGCCUCAUUUGCUGUGAGCCUAAAUGGGGUGAAGGGAGUCAUCGACGCCAAAGUUCACAGCCCAUCUGGAGCCCUUGAAGAGUGCUGUGUCACAGAGAUUGAUGAAGAUAAGUAUGCUGUGAGGUUCAUCCCUAGAGAAAAUGGCCUUUAUCUAAUAGAUGUGAAGUUUAAUGGCUCUCACAUCCCUGGAAGUCCCUUCAAGAUCCGUGUUGGUGAGAUGGGCCAGGCUGGUGACCCAGGAAUGGUGUCUGCUUAUGGAGCUGGUCUGGAAGGAGGCACCACUGGAUCUCCAUGUGAAUUCACUGUGAACACAAGUUCAGCUGGUCCUGGUGCAUUGGCAGUGACCAUUGAUGGGCCUUCCAAGGUGAAGAUGGACUGUCAGGAAUGCCCAGAGGGCUACAAGGUCACCUACACACCUAUGGCUCCUGGAAACUACCUAAUUUCUAUUAAAUAUGGUGGCCCAUACCACAUUGUUGGCAGCCCCUUCAAAGCUAAAAUUACAGGUUCCAGAUUGGUUAAUAGCCACAGCAUGCACGAGACCUCAUCAGUGCUGGUUGACCCGAUGACCCGCAGUGUGAUGACCAGCCAGCAAGCAGCACCAGGCUGGGCCAGCUCCGAUGCCAGCCGUGUAGCUGCCAAGGGCCUGGGGCUCACCAAGGGCUUCAUAGGACAGAAGAACAGUUUCAGUGUGGACUGUAGUAAAGCAGGGAGGAACAUGCUGUUGGUUGGCGUCGAUGGACCCAAAGUUCCCUGUGAGGAGAUCCUGGUGAAGCACUUGGGUAACCGCCUCUAUAAUGUGUCCUACCAGCUGAAGGAGAAAGGAGAGUACAUCCUGGUGGUUAAAUGGGGUGAUGAACACAUCCCUGGGAGCCCAUACCACAUAACAGUCUAAUGGCUCUCAAACAAAUCCUCCAACUCUAUGGCUCCUGCAAGUGUCAUAAACAAAUACAUAAACAUUGAAAACUCACUGUCCUUCUCUCCCGUAUGAUUCUCUCUUCCAAUAUCUUGCACCACUAUUCAGCUUUCAAGUUAGAGGGUGUUAAAAAGCACCUUUUCACUGUAUGCCAGUUACACUUUGAUCCUAUUAUGUUUGCUGCAUCCAGUAAUGUUUUAAAGCAGAGAGUGUCCUGGUGGCUUUUGCUCCCUGUGUUGGUUUACACCAGUUUGUUACUGAUUUUGUCCCUUACGCAGUGUAGCUGCGCUACAAUGUUUUGCCUGGUUUAGGAGACCGCUGUGCCAGCCGUAAUUGUAAAAAGGAACCAUUGCUUAGUAGCAGGAGAAAUGGAUGUGAUUCAUCUGCUGAAUUGGCACAUACUUGUAGGCUUUUAAUUUGCAGUUGGGUGAAGUAGAGCUUAACAGUGCUUCAUCCCUCCUGUACCUUUCACAUAGACUGAAUUAACACUGGUGCCAUAGCUCUGUGGAUUUGCCCUUUUGUCAGUGUGUUUUGAAUCUUUUUUUCUUUUUUUUCCAAUUCAAUCAACAUUGUCAAAAAUGUCUGUGGGGUAAAAGAGGCAACAAUGUCAAAAUUAGAGACCUUUGAAAAGAGGGCUUGUGCAAAGUGAUUGUUUUGGCAACAGUAAAGGGAACUUGCUAAAGGUGUAAUGAAAGGGAGAUUACAGAUGCAUGGUGAUUUGUCAUGGGUUUAUUGUUAAUGUAUGUAAAACACACUAGGAAUUUGUUUUUCAAAAGAUCACAUAUGCUCUCACUUGUCAGCUCAUUAGCUCUGUGCCCGAAUGCCAUUUGUAUAAUCAGUAUUUUAGAAUUAAAAAAAAUAAGUAAAAAAUAUUAGAUGUCUAAAGUUUUGACUGUUACAGUAUUUUGAUACACAAUAAAGUUGUCUUAACUAUUUUUCUGUCAAUCUAAAGAUGUAAACUGUCUUAAUUUUCUUGGACCUUUAAAAAAAAAAAAUGUAUCAGAUGCAACAACUUUUAAUGUAUGAGUUUAUUGAUAUUAAGUUCAGACAUAUUCCACUGGUGUUAUGAGAGAUUUAUAUUUGAGGAAGAAUAAAUAAAAAUAUGAUUUUUGGGUGUUUUGCA